AAAAUAAGCAUUUUUGGAGGCCACAACUAUGCGAUAAAUCCGAAUUUUCUCGGAUCGAAAAAUCCGUUUUAAUUGACUCUAAUAGUAACACUUCUCAAAACAUGUAUGGAAUGCGUUCGAGGGUAACACUUCAAACUUGCCAAACGUAUUGACAGGACUUCACCCCGAAAUUAAUAAUGGCUGAUCAGGACUAUCAAAUCCGGAUAAUCAACAAUGAGAAGGGCAAAGGUCUCGUAGCACUUCGGCCAUACAACGCUGGUGAAAUAAUUCUCCAGGAGAAGCCAUUGGUUUGUUGUCAGUUCGCCUGGAAUGAGGAUUACCAAUACCUGGCCUGUAACCACUGCCUAACGCCUCUGGAGAGCGCUGAGGAGAAUGCCAGAAGGCUAUCCGGGAACAUUAAUCUAAUUCUCCCUUAUCCGGAGUGCUGUGAGACAAAGAAAGAACUGAUAGUUGAGUGUCCAACAUGUGGAGUAAAAUACUGUAGCGAUGAGUGUCUUACUGAGGCCUUCCAAAAGUACCACAGAGUCCUAUGCCUCCAGUCCAGGGAGAAGAACGAGAAUCAUCCCCUGGUGCAGAUGAAGGAGGCUUGGAAGCAGAUGCACUAUCCCCCUGAGACAGCCACGAUAAUGCUUCCUGCCAGGAUGAUUGCAUUCAUCAAUCAAGCUUCAGACAAAACUGUUGCCCUUUCAACAUUCAACCAGUUCUGUCACAAGACUGUCAACGAGGAUGAGGAGAUUGCCCACAAUCUCCUGGGGGAGAAGUUCAUCGGGCAAAUCGAUGUUCUCAGGCAAAUGAUAAAGGGCGCUUUGGACGAUGGCGAUGUUCCCCAUUGGUUCUCCCCCGAUGGUUUUCGAAGCCUUCUCGCCCUCGUGGGAACAAAUGGACAGGGAAUAGGAACCAGUGCAUACGCUCGAUGGGUGAAGAACGUUUCAGGUUUGGAAAUGCCGGAUGACAGGCGAAUGGAGAUUGACAAACUCAUCGACCAGAUUUACGACGCCAUGGACGAGGUCGCUGGAACAUUCUUGAAUAACGAAGGCUCCGGCCUCUACACCCUCCAAUCAGCCAUAAACCACAGUUGUUCGCCGAAUGCCGUUGUCGAAUUUCCGUACUCCAACAGCACUCUGGUAGUAAAAACCCUUCGACCCAUCCAACCUGACGAGGAAAUUUGCAUUGGAUACCUCGACGAAUGCCAACUAGAACGCAGUAGAGUGACGAGACAGAGAAUGCUCAGCUCGCUUUAUUUGUUUAACUGUCAUUGUGACAAGUGUCUGCAGCAGGCCGACAACGAUGAAGUCUCAUCUGAUGAAGAUGAUGAUGACAUGUACACUUCAUAGUUCCAUUAGAACUGAGACAGCAUGAGCAGUGACUUCUACAUCGUGUAGAUUUUUUGUAUCUAAAGGACUUUUCCUCUCAAUCGUUGUUGAAUAGAUUUUAAAUAGGUCAACUUCAAGGUUUAUUUUCAAUUCUAUUGUCUAAUUUUGCAUUCAGCUACUUCAAACAGGUGUUUAGGGAUAAACGGAAUGUAAUAGUUUGGAGUUUUUCAGUCUCUUUCCAUCAUUUCUUCAAUAUUUUAAAUUAUCAAGUUUGUGAUGGGCCAUUUUUAUUAAUUAAUGCAAUUUAUUUCAUAAAAACAUUCCUAAAUCAACAGUCAACAUCUCCAAAUACAUUUACAGAUUAAAUAAAUCCACUCUGCAUUUCUCUACAA